ACCAAUAGCGAAUAUAUGUUGCCGCGUGCAUAGUGGUGAAUUUGACAAGUGUCAAGCUGCUCUUGAGAUUUUGAUUUUGCGCGAAAUAUGACAAUGAUAAUAGCCGGGAUGGAACGAAUUACGGUACGAAGAUUGCGAUUUUUAUGAGACGGCACGCACGCUAGCGUAAAUACGUUGAAAUCUCGUGUCUUUGGGAGGUUACCGGGUCUCGUGACUCGAUCGUUUAGGUUAUCCUUAUUCUCGUGUCUCUCUUCUUUUUAAAUGGAAGAAACGACGAGCAAUUCGUCGGGAUUGCACCUAGAUGGAAAUAAUCGCAUCGCCGAGUCGGGUGACAAGACACCCUCCGGGAAUGACAGUAACGUGGAAUGUCAGUACGGAGAUCGGACGCCGCAGCAGUCAUCCGACAGAUUCAUCGACAACUCUAUCUUCAAUACUAUUUCCAAAAUCGUCAAUCCUAAUACAAAAGUGCCAGAAAUUGAAGAUUUUAAGAUAGUAAAACCAAUAAGCAGAGGAGCGUUUGGUAAGGUAUUCUUAGGAUACAAAAAAUCCAAUCAUGAGCAAGUGUAUGCGAUUAAAGUGAUGAAGAAGAAUGAGAUGAUCCAUAAGAACAUGGCGUCGCAAGUGGUGAUAGAGCGCAACGCGCUGGCUUUGACCCGCAGUCCAUAUUGUGUGCAACUGUUUUACUCGUUGCAGACCGUCAGCAGUGUGUACUUAGUCAUGGAAUAUAUGGUAGGCGGCGAUCUUAAGAGCCUGCUCGGUUUUUAUGGCUACAUGGAGGAAUCCAUGGCGGCUUUUUACACAGCAGAGGUGUGCCUAGCGCUGGAAUAUCUUCAUUCGCACGGUAUCGUGCAUAGGGACUUGAAGCCAGAUAACAUGCUCUUGUCUAGCGAAGGGCACGUUAAACUCACGGAUUUCGGACUCAGUAAGAUAUCAUCCUUACACAGGGACCUCGAGAUAUCGGAUCUGGUGAAUUGCACGCCCAGUCUCUGCGCCAGAACACCUGGUCAGCUCCUCUCGCUGACCUCUCACUUGUCCUUCGGUUCUGCGCAAAAAUCUAUCAACGAAUCGAACCUCAGUGAUUCGAGCACACCGGCCAUGAACCUACUCUCAGCGCUACAGAGGAACAGUACUAAGCCGCAGUCGUCACCAAAUUCGAUCAUCUCGUCAGCUGCGUCUGGUGAUUAUUCACGUGUGUCCGGUAUCACGCCGUUUCAGUCGGUGGAAGAUCUACAUUUGGAAGGUACGGAACAGGGUACGACAAAGGACAAGGACCUUAGAAACAGUGAACAGGGCUCGUCGGGGACCGACAAUAAUAGUUCUGGCAGUUACCACACCUGCGAAUCGUCCUCCAUUCAAACGAACAAUCAUACCAUUCAGAACAUGGAGGAUGAUGACGAAUCCACGCUCGAGGCUGAACAAUCUCAACAGCCUCUGCAAAUCAGUCCGCUGAGCACCUGGGCGAAAUCGUUCAGCAGGGGAGCGAAGAGGAAGCGACAUGAGGAAGCCGCAACGACUACCGGCUUAACGUGCGAGAUCAAUGCGAUUGAUUUGGAUGUCACCAAGACACCUAAAAGAAAGAACCGCGGCCCCUUAUUCUCCAACGCGAAUACGAUGAUCAAUGUCACCGUGGUGUCCGACAAACCGAUAGAUACCACGACCGACACGAGUACUGACGAGCAAGACGCCGGUUCCGCGGGUAGAGUAGCCUUCAGUACACCGGUAUCUUCCAUUAAACAGAAGAGCCGCGAGAACGGGGAGCAACGGAAGUGUCAAGAGGAGAACAGCACUUUGAUCAAGGCGACGAGAUUUCAUUUACCGCCACCGUCUACUUCGCACUCAGCGCCGAACCUGCACACGUGUGACACUUCCGAUGGUCAUCGUUCGCCCCAAGGUAUCUCGCCCAUUAAGACACCCACGACCUCGAGCAACUGUUACACACCCUACCGAACGCCCAAGUCCGUCAGAAGAGGCGGUCAGACUACGGCCAACAGGUCGGAUGAUCGGAUACUCGGCACGCCUGAUUAUCUCGCGCCGGAACUGUUGCUCAGGCAAGGCCACGGACCGGCGGUAGACUGGUGGGCGUUGGGUGUGUGUCUGUUCGAGUUUUGCACGGGGGUGCCGCCAUUCAACGACGAGACGCCGCAAGCGGUAUUCGCCAACAUCCUGGCGCGGGACGUACCGUGGCCAGAGGACGAGGAGGCUCUGUCGUCAGCCGCGACUGAAGCUAUCGACGCAUUGCUCACCUUGGACCAAGCGACGCGUCCUUCGGCGAAAGAGGUGCGCGCUAUGGCUCUUUUUCAGCAUUUCCCCUGGGACGAGCCCUCGACAGCCACACCACCUUUCAUCCCGCAGCCGGACGACAAGUAUGAUACGUAUUACUUUCAAGCGAGAAAUACUCUUCAACACUUGAAUGUAAGUCAGUGUGAUACGUAGACUUCGACGGUAUGCGGGCGUGGCAGGAACGGAAGUCUACGGUAUCGAAAUAUUAUUACUAUGUGUAACUUUAUAUUUUUAUAUGUACUUGCGUAUGUAUAGAGUAGUAUAAAAUAUUUUGUCAAUACGUGAAGUCACGCGAGUUGGCGUUCGUUUUCUUAUAGUAGAUGAAUGAUGAUGGCAUUAUUUAGCGAUGAGAAAGCGCACACACAGAGCACAAUGAUGUGGAACUUGAGACGAGUUGGAACGUUCGAAUCUUGCAUAAUUAAAAACAAAAGGAAGAAAAAAAAAAGAAAAUGACGGUCGAACUUCCUCGAAAGUGCGACUACGCGUUUACUGCUUUCGAUGCACGAAAGCAUUUUUCUUUUUAGUACCGCUGUAGGGGAAGCUCUAUCUUUGUUAGGGCUCGAGAGUUUUUUAUCACAUUUUUUUCGGAUCGAAUGCGGCGAAUCUUGCGUUUUUCGACAAGCCUUCUUGCCGAGAUAAUAGCGGCUGUGCGAAUCAGGGAUGGUAGAUUAAGGUAUCCUCUAUUUUAGAUUUUUGUAAAUCCACGGUAAAAAGUGCGUCACUCUCGUGUACACGCCUGGAUAUUGUCCUUUACCGCAACCUAUUCCCCAAGACACUAUUC